UUCCCAGCCUCUUUUUUCCCUCACGGUUUCCCAGAAAAACCGGAACUACGGUUUUAUUCAAAGUAAAAGUACAGUGCAUACGAAUGAGUUAUUUUAUGACAGUGUUUCUGUAGGGAAAAGAAUGGGAAUCCUCGCUUGAAAAACUGUAAAGAUUGACGCAUUCGCCAAUUAUACAAGUUAUCAAGGACAAGUUUCAAGCUCGCGCCUCAUCAACAAUGGAUGACGAAUAUUCAUAUUACGACGACGACGAUUACGAAGAAGAAGAAGAAGAGGAAGGAAAUAAAGAUCUUGGUUUUUUAAACGUCAGUGACUUUGUUGACAAAGAAGACGACGGAGUUCGUGAAACAGUUGUGGAGAAUAUUGACAGGGAGUUGGGUUUUUCAUCUGCUGUCAACAAGAACGAGAAAGAAAAGCAGGAAGAGGAAGAAGAGGACCCAGAGGAAUUUGAACGAAAAUCAAAACAACUGCAAGAGGCAUUCAGUUCUUUGCCAUCAGUUCUUAUCAAGAGAAUUCUCCGUCGAGAUGACGUGAAAGGAAAUAUCGAAAAAGCCAGUACGAGGCUACAGGAGUUUCAAGAUAUGGAGAAUCCUGCGGCCCUUUUUAAAAAUCUAACUCAAGGAAGACCAUUGACUACGAAACCAGAAGGAAAAUUUGAAAGAAAGCCCAGAAAACAAAAUCAAACGCAAGUGCAACAUGGUGAUGCAGAACGACAAGAUGAAAGGAGAAAUAUUGGUGAUAGCGUUGAAUCGGAUCAAAAUGAGGGGAACCAAACUUGUCGAGGCCACAACUCGAGGCAAAGAGGCAAGGCAAGAGGAGGACCGCAAAGGGGACCAAGAGGCAGGACCCAGAAACGGGACUCGGGGGCACGUCCAAAAAACACCCAUGUGUAUAGCGAUGAUCAAGGACAGUGGUUUGGUCACCAAAACGCCUCUCCGCAGAGGCGGGACCCAGUGGCGGGACCCAGAGGAGCGUCCAGAGGCCAAAACGUCUUUACCAGAGGCGGAACCCAAAGGCGAAACCCAGGGGCGGGUCCAAACAACGCCCAAGUGUAUUGUGAUGAUCAAUUUGAUCCCUCUCAAGGACAGUGGUUUGGUCACCGAAACGCCUUGCAGAGGCGGGACCCAGAGGCAGGACUCAGGGGCGGGUCCAGAGGCCAAAACACCUCUCACAGAGGCGGGACCCUGAGGCGGGACCUGGGGGCGGGUUCAAACAACAUCCAGGCGUACAGCCAUGAUCAAUUUCACCCCCCUCAAGGACAGUGGUUUGGUCACCAAAACGCCUUUCUGCAGAGGGGGGACCCAGAGGCGCGACCCAGAGGCGGGUUCAGAGGACAAAACACCUUUCCCAGAGGCGGAACCCAGAAGAAGAGCCUGGGGGCGGGUCCAAGCAACACCCAAGUGUAUAGGCAUGAUCAAUUUCAUCCCCCUCAAGGACGGUGGUUUGGUCAUCAAAACGCCUUUCCGCCGCAGAGAGGACGUGGAAACCAACGAGGACAACGAGGAGGUGGCUUUCUUCAAGACCAAAUUGCAGGAUAUCGAGAUAAUUCGCCUUAUGGAUCGCAGGAAUGGCGCUUCGGUGAUGGAGGCAAUUUUCAGCCUAAAAUGGAACGUGGAGGUCAAAGCGGUCGAGGGCGUCAACCAAAUCCAAAAUCGAAGCCAAAGGGUUACGGACGAGGUGGCAAUUUCCAGGAGCAACAUCAAAUUCCAGGAAACUUUCAGGAGAGCGAUCAGUUUCCAGAUCCUAAAGAUUCCUCUCAAAUCAUGCCAAGACAACCGAACCAACCAAGUGAAAGAGGAAGAAAUUUUCAUGAAAAGCAGAAGCACACAGUAUCCUCGAGGAAGCCUGUCAGCAAAAUAACCUCAUCCCCUUGUUCUGUCGAUGAUUCGGAUGCAGGGAAGGUUGCUGAUCAGUCUCAAUUUGAAACAAAUAGAAUACUCGUUCGAGGGCUGAGUGGAAAAACUUCCCGGGACGGACUAAGUAACUUUAUCGCGGCAAAGAGUGCUGGGCAAGAGGUUAACGACGUACAGAUGCUGAAGAAUGGAAAAGCCUUAGUCAUUAUGGCGGAUGAAAUCAGAGAUUUCACGAAAAUAAAGACCAAAUGCGAGGAGAGAGGUCUGGAUGAUGCAAAGGUUUCCAUCGAACAAGUCCCGGUUUGCAAAAGCAUCCUUGUCACUGGCUUUUCAGACGUUACCCAUGAUUUUAUUCAACUGUACUUUGAGAGUCGUCGAAACGGAGGGGGUCCUGUGGAGAAGGUUGACUAUGUUCCUAAAAGUGGUCGAGCUGUGGUUGUGUUUCAAGACGCAAAAGAUAUGGAAAGGGUGUUAACCAGACAUGAAGAGAAACCUUAUGAGAUUAAACAAACCCAGCUGUCCAUUAGAGCUUACCGAGAGUUUUUAGAACACGAGGACGUUGAUGGAGCAGAGGAUUCCGGUGACUUAGGAGCUACUGCAACCGCGGCCAGUGAAUCUCGAGUGAGCCAGAAACCUGAUGCCAAAGCACAAUACCAGCACAUGCCUGUAGAUCCCGAUGUUAUGGAAUACAUCACAUUCAAAGGGUUCCAAGCUGAACUAAACAAUUCGCUGACUGGAAAGAAAAGCGAAAUCACCUGGAAACCCAACGACAAAAUGGCUCUAAUAGUGUACCGUGGGGAAGAUGACAGUGAUUCCUGGCAACCUGAAUGCAUUGACCAAGUACAAAAUUACCUCGGCAAGUUUGCAAAGUGCGAUGUGCAGGUCAACAAGGAUUUCUGGGAAGCCGUUGUAGCUAAAGUUCCCAGCAUUGGCACCUGCUUGGGAGUUGAUCCUCCGCUGCUCAAGACUGUUCCUGAUUCAAAUGUUGCUAGGAUCAUUUCAUUAAAAGCAGAUGUGAAAAGUAACGAGGAAAAGGUGAGGUCAAAGUUGGAAGAAAUCUACCGCGAGGAGACCAGGAAAACUUACCUGAAGAAGAAAAUUGCAAAUGUUCCCGAGGAGCGCUUAAUUUUGCUGAAGAAGAUAAAAUUUGCCGAGAAACUCCAAGAAAAGAACAAGGAGUUGGAGAUCAAGAUUAAUACUAAAGGUGAAGAAAUAUAUUUCGAAGGUCCCCAGCCACAAUUUACUGAGGCAGCCAUGGAGUUCGAGAAACUAAUGAAAAACAUGGUUCAGAAGGAUUUAACUUUAUCCGUCAGCAUCCUGGAGAUUUUAAACUCAGAUAAAGGGCUUGAGACUGUCAAAUGUGAGUUGGAAAGAAACAACGUGGAAGCAGAGUUGGUUAUUGAGAAAGACGCCACUAUAGUGGGAUCCUCAGCAGCGCAUGCAGAUAACGCGGUGAAGGUCGUGAACAAGUUAAUGGUGGAAGAGAAAGUUCAAAUGGACGAGAAAAGCAAGCAUUUGUUGAAGUCAUCUGAAUGGCUGAACUUGUGUGGCGAGAUGAACCAAACGGCUGUCCGUGUCCGGAGGGACAACUGGAACGAUACAUACGUAGCUGGGUUUCGUGAUGACGUGACCGAAGUGAUAAAGAAGUUAAAUACCUUUCUUAAAAACAAUUGCAUAGAGGAAGAACGUUUUGCUUGCAAGUCUGAUAUGCGAAGGUAUCUCCUUGAGCUACGUCAAGAAGAUCUACACACCAUAGAAAAUCAACUAAAAGAUUUUGUAGUGAGUAUUAAAAAGGGAAAAGACGAUGAUGAUUUUGUUAUUUCUGGAAACAGAGAGGGUUUGAAACGUGUAAGAAAGAAGAUCGACGCUCUAAUAAAUUCCACUGAGUUGAAAACCUUAGAAGUGAAACAGCCAGGCCUUCGAAAAUACUUCGACAGUGGAAGUGGAGAUCGGCUGGUGAAAUCAGUGGAAAAAGAACAAGAUUGUGCCAUCGAAAUAAAGAAAAAUUUAGGUCGAGGAGGAAAGGACGAGGAGUUACACCUCGAAGCCGUAUCCAACGCCUCUACUUCUUCAGGCGACAGGGACGAUGAUGUUGAGGAUGACCACGCUACCACUGCUGGAACUGACUCGUGUACCCUGGUAAUAGCCCAAAGACAUAGAGUGUCGUGGAAACCUGGAAACAUAGGGGCAGAGAAGGCUGACGUACUUAUCAGUUCUCAAGGAGUUUGCGAUCAAGCAAUCAUUAAUGCCGGUGGUCCUCAGGCCGCAACCCCUAACGUUGGUGACAUCAUUGUCUCACGUGGUUUUUCCUCGGUCAGCCACGUGAUUCACACCAACUGUUGUAAGUGGAACAACGGUGAAGGGGAGUCGGCGCUAAGGGCCAUCGUUCAAAAGUGUCUGCAAACAGGCGAAAAGCUUAGAGCCAACUCCAUUGCAUUUCCUGUCAUUGGAACUGGAAACCUACAAUUCCCACGCGAUGCAGCCUCGAGAAUCAUGUUGGAUGAAACAGUCAACUUCUGCAAAACCAACCCUGGUUCUAGUUUACGGGACAUCCGAUUUGUCGUGUUCAACCAAGAUCAAGCUUUAACUGCUGCCUUCAAACAAGAGAUGGACAAACUGCAACCCAAGCACAUUGGCCACUCUGCCAUCACGACUUUUACUGGUGGAAUACCUUCCUCCUUUGGAAGGAGGAAGGUACUCCAAUAUAUCACCUUGACAAGCCCUCUUAAUGUUGAGGUGGUUAAUGGUGAUUUGACUCGAGAGAACAGCACUGACGCUAUCAUGAAUAUCAUCAGCACGGACAUGAACAUGGAUAACGCCGGAGACCUAAGCAAAGCCAUAGCAAGACAGAGUGGUCCACUAGUGCAACAAGAAUGCAACCAAUUGGGAAAGCAGCCUGCUGGAACAGCGAUAAUGACCACCGGAGGUAAUUUACAUGUACCUAAUAUUAUUCAUAUAAUUCCAGGCUCCUCAGCUAAGCAGCAUCUCCAGAAAUGUUUGGAGGAAGGUUUUCGUGUUGCCGACGCCAGUCACCUACGAGCAAUCUCAAUUCCGUGCGUUGGCACAGGAGGAUACGGCUUAACCGCAGCAGACUCAGCUCAACUUACGUUCAAAGCACUAAAGACAUUCAGUGCCCGUUGCAAAAAUAUUAAAAAAGUAAGAGUGGUUGUGUUCCAGGCCUCUAUGAUGCAGGAUUUCCUACAAGAGAAGAAGAAACAACCAGUGCAAGGUAAUGAAGGAGAUAGUGACUCAGAGAAUGUAGCAGCCGGGGGAACCAGAAGUCGCGGACGAAGGCAGGCAUUGGGCCAAAGUGGUGAACAUUCUGUAAGCAUUUCUGUGAUUGGCAAAGACAAAGUGAGCGUGGGAAAAGCCGUGGAAUCCUUGAAGAGAGGUUUUUCUGACGCUUUUACAAUGGAUAAAGUCGAAAGUGACGUCGUCAGUCAGCUUUCCGAUAAGCAGAAGGAUAUCCUGAGAAAAAAAGCUAAAGACCGAGACGUCAAACUUGAAAUUGAGGAUGACGUGGAUCGCAUUGUCGUUCGUGGUGGACCAAACGAAGUAUCUGGAAUAGUCGGGGAGAUCUUGAAAGAGAUCGACGAGAGGAGGAAGAAGAAGCAGGAGGAAGAACAAGCGGAGUUGGUUUCAAAGAACGUAGAGUGGAGCUAUGAAAUAGGGGGCACAAAAGUGGCGUUUGCUCCGAAAGCAAAUGGCAAGAUUGAGUUGGCCCACAGCAAAGGCAAGCAAACCGUGCAAGUUUCUCUACGCGGAGACAAGUUUGUCAUCGACUUGAAGAUAAACUCUGGACGUGGAAAAAUGUCUGGUGAACAAAUAACACUGACAAGAAAGGUGAAGGGUGCUGAUGAAGGAAUUGCUCUACCAGAGCACUGGGCACCAAUGCCCGGCCAUCACUCUACCGUACAUAAAGUACAACUGCCCUCAGGCUCCCCUGAGUAUCAAGAUGUCGCACGUAAGUUUCAAGCCACAGCUGGUGCGUUUAAUAUUCAGAAGAUUGAACGCGUACAGAAUCCUCAUCUGUAUCAGUCUUACAUAUUACGAAAACAGCAAAUGGAUAAAGAUACGGGAGGAAAAAGUGAAAGACAGCUGUUUCAUGGGACUUAUGCUAAAAACAUCAACCAUAUCAACACACAAGGAUUCAACAGAAGCUUCUGUGGGGCACAUGGCACGGCCUAUGGACUUGGUGUUUAUUUCGCUAGAGACGCUCGAUACUCUGUUAAUUACACUGGGGGUGGUGGCUAUGGAGGUCGCUACAUGUACCUUGCCAAAGUCCUCGUUGGGAAGUAUUGUGUUGGAAAUCCUUCAAUGAAGGUGCCUCCACCAAAAGAUUCAUCAAAACCUGAAAUUCUUUACAAUUCUGUGGUUGAUAACCAAUCAAGCCCCAGCAUCUUUGUUGUUUUCUCUGAUUACCAGAGUUACCCUGAAUACCUUAUAACCUUUUGA